AUGGCUUUCGCUCAGAAUAUCUCACGAUUGAUAGUCCCAAUCGCCAUCGGAGCUACUGUCGUUCAAUCGUCGUUGUACGACGUACCAGGUGGAUACAGAGCAGUCUUGUUCGAUCGAUUUAAAGGUGUUAGACCAGAGGCAUCAGGAGAAGGUACACAUUUCCUUAUACCAUGGUUACAAAAAGCCAUCUUGUAUGACGUGAGGAUCAAACCUAGGAAUAUAUCGACCACGACAGGAUCGAAGGAUAUGCAAAUGGUGUCUUUGACAUUGAGAGUAAUGUCUCGUCCCGAUAUCAACCAUUUACCAAAGAUCUACCAAAAUUUGGGUUUAGACUACGAUGAGCGUGUACUUCCUUCGAUCGGUAACGAAGUUUUGAAAGCUACUGUCGCUCAAUUCGAUGCCUCCGAACUCAUCACCAACCGAGAGAUCGUAUCAGCCAGGAUCAGAGAUGAUCUGUUAAACAGAGCCAAGGAAUUUAACAUUCAAUUGGAAGACGUAUCAAUCACACAUAUGACCUUCGGUAAAGAAUUCACCACUGCCGUCGAGCAAAAACAAAUCGCCCAACAAGAUGCCGAACGAGCCAAGUUCGUAGUCGAAAAGGCCGAACAGGAGAGACAAGCUGCAGUCAUCAGAGCUGAAGGUGAAGCUGAAGCUGCCAAUACAAUCUCAAAAGCUAUCAACAAAGCUGGAGAUGCUUUCGUACAAUUUAGGAAGAUUGAAGCUUCGAGAGAAAUUGCUGCUACACUCUCGCAAAGCAAGAAUGUAAGUUACGUUCCUGCGGCUGAAGGCAAUUUGUUACUUCAAGUACCACCUCAACAAUAA